UCAGCUUCUGGGCACAAUUUCAUUCCUGGAUAUACAACCCCCCCUAAAUCCAUAUAUCUAUAUCUACAGACACCUAUAUAUACAUCUCUCUCUCUCUGGAUUUUCAAGCUUGAAACUAUACAUACGAUCCAGAAGUUGAUUUGACAAGGAUUUGGAUUGACAUCGCAUGAUUAGGAUGAGCUGGAUCGCGGUGUGUUUGUGUCCGUAGUUAGGGUUUUGAUUUUGAGGAUUUUGGCGCGAAGUGGUGUUAUUAUUGGCUGGGAGAGCGAGGCACUUUGUAUGUGGUAAUACGGCAUAAUGAGUUUUGAAUUUGAGGAACCAAGUUUACAAGACAGCACAUCAGAAUCACGUGACGUAACACAGAAGUUGUGUAAGAUUUCCUAUACACGGGAGUUUCUUUUAUCCUUGAGUGAGUUGGAUAUAUGCAAAAAUUUGCCGAAAGGAUUCGAUCGAUCAAUAUUAAGUGAGUUCGAGGACACAACACAACAACGAAAUUGUGGUACCGGUAGCUCCCCGUUGUUAGGUUUUAGACGUGGUGAUUACAGUUCAUCUCCACCUACCAGAGGCGACUCAAGUAAUUACUCUAGAGGAAUAUAUGGAAAGUGGGGAAGUCGAUCUUCUGGACAGAGCGAUAAAGACAGUGAUUCUCAGUCUGACAGGGAUUCAGAGUCUGGCAGGCGUCAAGGAAACCCUUUGAGACGGUCUUGGCAAAGUAAUGAUCAUGAUGGGCUUCUUGGAAGUGGUUCUUUCCCGAGACCAUCUGGAUUUGCUGCUGGGAUGAUGGCUUCAAAGGGUCGAGGAGAUGAUCACUUUCAGCUAAAGAAGAGUAACGAGCCAUAUCACCCUCCUCGUCCUUAUAAGGCGGUUCCUCACACACGGAAAGAGAAUAAUGAUUCAAUCAAUGACGAAACUUUUGGUUCUAGUGACUGUACAAGUGAGGAUAGGGCAGAAGAGGAAAGGAAGCGCAGAGCUUCCUUUGAGUUGAUGAGGAAGGAACAACAGAAAGUUCUACAAGAGAAGCAAAAACUGCAUGUUGAUAAGGAAAAAGAUGCUUUUUUCAAAGGUGAUCCUGCAUUGCUUAAACAAGCCAUUGAGGGUAGAGCCUUGGAGCAAGGCAGAGAACUGGAUAUAUCUGGAAGUCAACCUCCAUCAACUAUUGACUCUGUACCUAAUCCUUUUCCUCCCCACACUUCUGCACCCAGACCACUUGUACCCCCUGGUUUUGCAAGCACCAUUUUGGAGAAAAAUUCUGGGCAAAAAGUUAUUGGUUCUACGCAAGAGAAAAUGAUUGGUAAGCAGGAGCUUGAAGAAAAGAUAUUGCAUGCGAAGGCUAUGCCUAUGGAAAAUGGGAUUCCUGACAAGCUAGAUGAGAGAAAAUCUGUACAUGACCAACAACAUAAAGAUGACAGCAUUCAUGGUUCAUUUGCUACUAGGGGUAAAAUGGCGGUCAAUCCGUUAUCUGGUUUGGAAGUUACAAAUCAAAUAUAUGGUAGUUACAGUGUUGUCAAAGCCACUGAAGCUUUGGAUGACGGUGAAAUUAUUCAAUUAGAUACCAAGGUGACAAUGAAUGAUACGAUUAGCGAUUCAAAUCAGGAUAAAUCAGUGUCAAUCCUGGAUAAGCUAUUUGGUAGUUCUUUAACAGCAAACACUUCUGCAAAUUUAGAGGAGCAUUAUGAUGGUCAACCUGAUGUCAAGCGAAGUCCUAACAUGGUCCAGUCUUCCAAAUUUUCCCACUGGUUUCUUGAAGAUGAAAAGCAGUCGCCUGAGCAUCUCACAUCUGUCGGCCCAGACAACUUGCUUUCACUGAUUGUGGGUGGUGAGAAAGGCGGAAUACAAGCAUCUGAUAUUAAAAGUUUGCAACUUAUUCCACCGGAACCUACUCUCCAGAGUUCUGAAUGUAACAAGAGACUUGCAUCUAGCAGCAUAUCCUCGGGCGGAACUGGGAUAUCUGAGCAGUCAUACAAGUAUAAAGUAGUUGAAGCCAUUCCCGCAGUCCUUACAUGUGAGGAUCUUGAAGAGAAGAUUCUAUCUGAAUAUAGUGAGAACAGUUCGUCUUUGCAGCCACCUGUAUAUGAAGAUAGUGCAGCUGAUGGUGAGAAGGCACAAUCCAAAGCCAGUAUAGACAGUCACGCAUCUUUGCAUCUGCUUUCACUGUUACAUAAAGGAACAAACCCUAAAGUUUUGACCCCAUCCUCCAAUGUAGAAAUUGGACCAGCUGACCAAACACUUAUUCCUGAAAUACGCAAUACUGGGAAUGCGCUUGACAAGUCUACAGAGCCAGAGGGGCCUCUUAGUAACUCUGGGAAGAAUAUAACCCUUGAAGCACUUUUUGGAACUGCGUUUAUGAAGGAGUUGCAGUCAGUUGAAGCCCCAGUUUCUGUGCACAGAACUGUAGCUGGGUCUGCGAGAGCUGAUUACAGUGAGCCUCAUGGAUUAGCUUAUCAUGGCGGACAUGAUAGCUCACUUCCUGCUAUGGGCGAUGAAAACAAGUCCAACCAGUUAAAUUUUGAAAAUGGAUUUUUGGCAUCAAAUUCAGAGCAGCAAAACAAUACGGUGAAUAUGGAAAACUGGUUAGGAUUUGCAGAUCCUCAGAUUAAUAUAGAAUCUUUAAAAUUGCGAAACGAGGGCAGGGUCAAACAUGGAGCACACAGGCUAGUUCAAAAUCAGCUGCCUGAAGAGGAAAGUUCACUUCUUGUUGGUGAUCCACUGAACCCUAGUAAAUCAGGUCAUGUACCUGCCGGGAAUUUGAAAAAUGAAGAAGUUUCAUCAAACACGUCAUUUGAUAUUGCAGAGAAACUGGCUGCUCUUAAUGCUGGUUACAUAGAUGAAAGGUCUUUAAGGGCUCAAGGAGGUAUUCAUUUAAACCGUGGUCCCUAUGAACUGACCGAGUCCGAGAGGCAAUUUCACAACUUUUAUGCUAAAGCAUCUCCGCCACAAUUCCAUUCUCCGCAAAUGAGUCACGGAAGACCGUUAUUUCAUCCUAUCGAUUCUCAUUCCGCACACAUGACUUCCCAGAUGAAAUUUAGAGCUCCAGAGGGUAUCAACCAUGAUGGCCGGAUCAAUAAUCAGUUCCCUGUAAAUAUGAUUCGUCCUCCUUUUCAUCACCCCAACACUCCUCCCUCAGGGUUUGAUCUACCAGUGCACCAUCAAAUGAUACAGCAUAUGCAAGCGCCAGCAAAUUUUCCUCCGCCAAAUGUGCUACAUGAAUAUCCAAGAGGUGGACCACUUCCUCCUCACCCUAGCAACCAACAGAAUGCCUUUAUGCAGGAACCAAACCUGUUGCAGGGAUUCCCUUUUGGGCAACGACAACCAAAUAUAAGUGGCCUUGGGAUGCAAUUGCCUGCACCUGAUGCAAGUGGUGGAGGCAAUCAUCCGGAGGCACUCCAAAGGCUUAUCAGCAUGGAACAUGGAGCAAACCCUAAACCGAUGCAGACUUUUGGGAUUAGUAGUCAGGGAAUCUACAAUCAUGAGCUAGACAUGAGUUCUCGUUAUAGAUAGUUAUCAUGAUUAAAGUUUAAUGUGGCAAGUUACAUCCAUGACUGUAGAUUACAACUCCCAACAUUUGUUUUAAAUGGCUGCGGAGGAAUGGUGUUAAAAGGUUUUUUUUAAAAAUUUGUUUUAACAUUAGA